GUAUACGAAGGGUAUGAAGGAGAUAACAAGUGUUUACUUGUGUUUACUUUAUUUCCAUCAUGUAAUGGUUUGUAGUUCACUGUGUCCUUCAGUUCACACACUGGGAAGUCGUGGAGGACCUUCUCAGCUGAAAUCUGUUGAUGAGCUCAGGAUUGGAGGCACCUGUGCAGCUCUCUGUGUGGACCCAGAAGGUUCCGGAUCAGGUCCUGGAUCCAGAAUACAGUCCGAUGGUGCUUCUCUCAUGGACGAGUCGGCACUGGAACGUUACUUUGAUGACUCCAUUGCAAAUGAAGCUGACUUUCUUCUGGAGGAGGAGCUGGACCUCCAGAGCCCGGCCCCCUCGGGACAGGGUCCCGCCCCCUCCCACCUACCUCCGAAGGCGGGGCUGAGCAGACAGGAGGAGCUCGACCUUAGCUUCUUACCUGAUGAACUCAGUUUACGGGACGAGCAAAGUCGCCACGACAACACAGUUGACAGUCAGACCGUCCCUCUGGACGUGUCUCAGGACAGCGGCAUCAGCGGAGACUACAACUUCCAAGAUCCCACAGCACAGUCCCAGCAGGGGCCGUCCAUGUCCGGACCGGGGGCCGGGGUCUCCCCCUUCUACCCCAUGACCCCCAUGACCCCUAUGACCCCUGUGACUGAGAGGUCAGGAAUCAUCCCCCAGCUACAGAAUAUCGUCUCCACUGUGAACCUCGGCUGUCCUCUGGAUCUCAAGUUCAUCGCCCUCCAGGCCAGAAAUGCAGAGUACAACCCCAAGCGUUUUGCGGCUGUCAUCAUGAGGAUCAGAGAACCACGAACCACCACACUGAUCUUCAGCUCCGGGAAGAUGGUCUGUACAGGAGCCAAGAGUGAGGAUCAGUCUCGACUGGCAGCCAGGAAGUACGCUCGGGUGGUUCAGAAACUCGGUUUCCCCGCGCGCUUCAUGGACUUUAAGAUCCAGAACAUGGUGGCCAGCUGUGACGUGUGCUUCCCCAUCAGACUGGAGGGACUGGUUCUGACCCACCGGCAGUUCAGCAGUUAUGAACCGGAGCUGUUUCCAGGCCUCAUCUAUCGAAUGGUGAAGCCUCGUAUCGUCCUGCUCAUCUUUGUGUCGGGGAAAGUGGUUUUGACCGGAGCCAAAGAGCGAGAGGAGAUCUACGAGGCGUUUGAAAACAUCUACCCAAUCCUGAAAGGUUUCAGGAAACAGUAACAUCACUUCCUGUUUAUCUGUAAAUACAUAAUCUAUUUUAUUUUGGUUAGUGAGUCUCUGUUGAACGUUGUCCAGAAAGAAAAUAAAUGAGUUUAAAAAUGUUCAUUAUAUUCUUUCGA